AUGAUAGAGGCCACCGCCUAUCACGUGGCAUGGAGUCAAGUUAUGGUGCCAAAGUUGGUUCAAAUACUCCUGGCCAAGAGGAAAACCAUCUUCUUCAGUAGAUGUGUAAUACAGAUUGGACUAAUGUUUUUUAUUGCAUCUUCUGAAGCCUUUCUCCUCUCAGCCAUGGCCUACGACCGCUACUCAGCCAUCUGCAACCCUCUGGUUUAUGUGACAGUCAUGAACAAACAGUUCUGUAUCUUUCUGGCCUGUGGUUCUUGUCUACUUGGGGUCACCAACUCCCUGCUCAACACCCUGCCUCUGCUGAGGCUGCACUUCUGUGGCCCCCGCCUCAUCCACCACUACAGCUGUGAGAUGCCUGAACUCUUACCUCUCUCCUGCACUGACCUCUUCCUGAACAAAAUGAUCUUGUUCACUACCUUAGUUAUCUUUGGGUUUGGCUGCUUCUUCCCCAUCCUGUUUUCUUAUACCCGAAUCAUCUCUGCCAUCCUGAAGAUCAGCUCAGCCUCAGGCAGAAGCAAAGCUUUUUCUACUUGCUCCUCCCAUGUGAUUGUAGUAACCUUGUUUUUUCUGACAGGUUUGGGUCGAUAUUUGAGCCCUGCUACUGGCUCUAUCCUGGAACAAGUCAUCUCCCUGCAGUAUAGCACUGUGACACCAUUAUUGAACCCCAUCAUCUAUAGUCUGAAGAAUGUGGAAGUCAGAAUCGCCAUAAAGAAAAUAUUGGGGAAAAAAAAGUUUCCUCUCUAA